AUUGAAAUUCGCAAGUUUUUGUGUCAUUCUAUAGAAUCGCACAAGAACUAAUCCUCUUUUUCCCCGAUACGAUUCACAAGCUGCAUUCCACCUCCUUCGUCCAUCGCGAAGAAAUCCUUAAGAUCCGAAGCAUUAUUAAGAACUCGAGAUAAAUGAUCGUAAUUUCAAUUUAAACCUAAAUUGUGUAAAUCUUAAAUAUUUAUACAAAAUAAAGAAACUUUUUUUGUUGUAAGGGAAUUGAAAUUCGCGACUUUUUGUGUCAUUCGUGCAUUCCAGUUUGCGUAAGUUAAACAGAAGAAAGAGGAAGUGAACACUGAAUAAAUAGACAAGAAAAAAAGUAUACGGAAGGAAGGAUGAAAACUUCCGCAACUCUUGUGCUUCUUACGCUCAGCCACUUUAUUAAUUCAUCACCGUUAACAUCCAACAAAGCACCAAAAUCAUGGGUUAAAGAUUUGAAACCGAAAUUUAAAACUCCUGAAAACGUGAAGCAUUUUUUACCAGUCAAAUCGGGAGUGGCAGAUUUUCAGAAAAUAAGCGCCGGAUCACCGAUUUUUUUCAAAAAACCCGUACUUAAAAAUAAGGAACCAAUAAUGUUACUUGAGGAUAACCGUAUUUUCUUUCCGGAUGAAAUUUCUGAUGAAGCCAAGAAUGAUACAGAUAAUGGGAUGAAAUUCAAUGUGAAUAUUGAAGUAAUUAAUAGCAAAUCUCCGAAAUUGCAAGAAAUCAACUUAGGUUCGCCUUGUGAGAAUGGAAGAACUUACUGCGAAAACGUCGCUUCUUAUCCUUACGAAACAAUCAAAAAGUUGUUUGAAGACGGUGACGUCAAUUUGGAGUAUUUCAGUAUAGAAGAUGAUAACGAAUUAUUGACAGAUUUAGAGCCAAAGUGCGCUCAAGGUAAAACUUACUGCGAUUACGACGACACUUAUCCUUAUGAUGUAAUUUACGAUAUGAUGAAGAACGAUUUCGGUCAUAAAGAUUUCUUCGUAACGGACGAAAAGUAUUCAGGAUUCUGGGACGGUAUAAGUGGCAAUGAGGAUGAGAAGUACAUGUGCGAAACUCGUUCGAAAAUAAUACAUCCGAUGAGGGCGAAAACUGUUAAUGGCAAAUGGAAGUAUAUAGUAAAUUUAGACGAUGGAAAACACGUGCAAGCUGUUAAGGUGGAGAUCUGCAAGAGGCCAAAUCUUCCUUGCAAGAUGACUCGAAGCUUCCCGAUGGAUCAUUUAACGAAUUGCAGACAAAGGACAACUUUCAGAAGACUUCUGGCUCUUUCAGAUUUUGCAAAAGUUGAACCUGAUACUUUUUUGAUACCUUCGGAAUGCUCCUGCGCUUACAAGAAGUACACAGAUUCAGCGAAAUUUUAACCCAGUCUUCUUGGGUUUUGACUAUACGAAUAUAAGAUUCAUGCAAAUAAUGUAAAGUUUGCAUAGUAUAAUAAAAUUAUUGAAUGA